GAGUAGGGACCCAUUAGAGAAGAUUGUGAAAUCAGUUUAGUGGGUUACUACUGGAAUUUGUAAAAAGAUAUAGAAUGUACAAUACAGUAUAGAAAAGAAUCGAAUAAAAUAGGAGAUAGCAGAGUGCGUUGCACACGGUAAGAGUAAGCAUUGUUUUGAGACUUGGGGAUUUGUUUAUAUAAUUUUUUUAAAUUGUGGUCACUGCCAAAAAGUUUUUAAAACCCUGACUUACAGGUUAAUAACGCAGGCUUUGGGAUCAGUUGAACCUGGGUUUACCCCCCAGAUCCAACAUAACCUAGUUGUGUGACCUUGAGCAUAUUCCGUGACCUCUCAGAAUCUCUUUUAGUAUAGCUGUAAAGUGGGAGGAUGUCUCCUAUAUUUGAGGAGUAUUAUGAAGACUAUAUGAGGUCAUAUAUGUCAAUCACUUUGCUCAGUGCUUGACGUAUAUAGUAGGUGUUCAGUGUACAUGCUAAUUGUAAUUACUGUUAUUGCUGAAACCUCAAAUCCUGGCAGCUAGUCUUGAGGCACUGUGCUUUUCUUUCCUUUUUUUUUCUUUUUUAGAUCUUGAUGUGGAAGAGAUGGAGGACUCAGAACCAAGGAUUUCCAAGUGAUUUCUUCCAAAGCAGGAGAAACUAACUUUGCUAAGGCUGGUCUGUUCUACCUGAGAUGACAGUCAUGUCCCUUUCCAGGGACCUCAAGGACGACUUUCACAGUGACACAGUGCUCUCCAUUUUAAAUGAGCAGCGCAUCCGGGGCAUUUUAUGUGAUGUCACCAUCAUUGUGGAAGACACCAAAUUUAAAGCCCACAGCAAUGUCCUGGCUGCCUCAAGCCUUUAUUUCAAAAACAUCUUCUGGAGCCACACAAUCUGUAUUUCCAGCCACGUCCUGGAGCUGGAUGAUCUCAAAGCAGAAGUGUUUACAGAAAUCCUGAAUUACAUCUACAGCUCCACGGUCGUCGUCAAGAGACAGGAAACAGUUACCGAUCUUGCAGCUGCAGGGAAAAAGCUGGGAAUAUCCUUCUUGGAAGACCUGACCGAUCGCAACUUCUCGAACUCCCCGGGCCCCUAUGUGUACUGCAUUACUGAAAAAGGCAUGGUUAAAGAAGAAAAGAAUGAAAAACGGCACGAAGAACCAGCCAUCACUAACGGGCCAAGGAUCACAAACGCCUUUUCCAUCAUCGAAACGGAAAAUAGUAAUAACAUGUUUUCUCCGCUGGACUUGAGGGCGAGUUUCAAAAAGGUCUCCGACUCCAUGAGAACCGCCAGCCUUUGCCUGGAGAGGACGGACGUCUGCCACGAGGCGGAGCCCGUGCGGACCCUGGCCGAGCACUCCUAUGCCGUCUCCUCGGUGGCCGAGGCGUACCGAAGCCAGCCUGCAUGUGACCGUCCCAGCAGCUCGCCUGCUAAAACAGGCAAAGAAAACGGUGAGGCUCUUGCCGCAAAACCGAAAACAUGCCGGAAGCCAAAGACACUCUCCAUACCCCAGGAUUCUGAACCAGCCACAGAAAAGACACCCCCCCCUCCAGUCACCAACGCGGAGGUCAACCAAGAAAGGAGUCCGCAGCCAGCUGCGGUCCUCUCCGGUUCAAAAUCUCCCAACAAUGAGGGGGAUGUCCGUCUUCCUGGGGAAGAUGGAAAUGAAUCCUCUGACGUCCCCGGGCCGCCCGCAGCUGAGGUUCCACCUCUCGUUUACAACUGCAGCUCUUGCUCCAAGUCCUUUGACAGUAGCACUUUGCUCAGUGCCCACAUGCAGCUGCACAAGCCAACCCAGGAGCCGUUGGUAUGCAAGUACUGCAACAAGGAAUUCAGCACCCUGAACAGACUGGAUCGGCACGAGCAGAUCUGUAUGAGGUCCAGCCACAUGCCCGGCCCAGGGGGAAGUCAGCGCUUUUUAGAGCACUAUCCUACCAUUGGGCAGAACGGAGCUUCCUUCACAGGUCCGGGAUCUUUAUUAUCCGGAAAUAGGAUUGGUGAGUUUUCCAGUGCCGCAAGCACCUUGCCAGAAAUGGACCACCUGGUUAAAUUUGUUAAUGGGCAAAUGCUCUACAGCUGCGCUGUCUGCAAGCGUAGUUAUGUGACUUUAUCCAGCCUCCGCAGGCAUGCAAAUGUCCACUCGUGGAGGAGAACAUAUCCCUGCCAUUACUGCAACAAAGUGUUUGCAUUGGCCGAGUACAGGACGAGACAUGAGAUCUGGCACACAGGAGAAAGGCGGUAUCAGUGCAUUUUCUGCCUUGAAACUUUCAUGACCUACUAUAUACUCAAAAACCAUCAGAAGUCUUUCCAUGCCAUCGAUCAUAGACUUUCCAUCAGUAAGAAAACAGCAAAUGGAGGCCUGAAACCUAGCGUCUAUCCGUAUAAACUCUAUAGGUUACUGCCUAUGAAAUGCAAGAGGGCUCCUUAUAAGAGUUACCGGAAUUCUUCCUAUGAGAAUGCUCGAGAAAACAACCCGAUGAGCGAUCCUGCGGCUGGUCCCUAUGUUAUUCAGAAUCCACGCAGCUCUGAAUUGCCUACUCUGAAUUUCCAGGACAGUGUGCACACUGUGACCCACAAUCCAGCUGUCCCACUGGAAACAGCCACAGGUCAGAACAGACCCACUUCUGCCAGUGUCCAAAAGGCAGAGGGGACCAAGUGGGGAGAAGAGGCCCUGAAAGUUGAUCUUGACAAUAACUUCUAUUCAGCAGAGGUGUCGGUUUCUUCCACUGAAAACGCUGUCAGUUCUGAGCCCCCGGCCGGGGCUGUGCCUGCUGUGUCUUUGAGUAACGGCGGCGAGAACUCAGCGUCUGUGAUCAGCUACAGUGGCCCGGCGCCCUCGGUCAUUGUGCACAGCAGCCAGUUUUCGUCGGUGAUCAUGCACAGCACCGCUGUGGCUGCCAUGUCCAGCAACAACCACAGAGCCCCUUCAGACCCGGCUGCCAGUCAGACCAGGAAAGAUGACAGCAAGCCUGAGCCAGACAAGGUGGGGAGAGUUGUCAGCAGACCCAAAAGUAUUAAGGAGAAAAAGAAAAGCAUCCCCUGUAACAAGGGAGAGACAUCAGAGGAAUCAAAAUAUGCUGCUGAUCCUGGAGGGUCACUGAGCAAAACGACAAAUGUCAUUAAAGAAACCAGUAAAAUCGAGACCUACAUUGCGAAGCCUGCUCUCCCCGGCACCUCCACAAACAGCAACGUCGCGCCCCUUUGCCAAAUAACAGUCAAAAUCGGGAAUGAAGCCAUUGUGAAAAGGCAUAUCCUCGGAUCUAAAUUGUUCUAUAAAAGAGGGAGAAAACCCAAGUACGAAACGCAGGAGGAGACUUUGCCACCGCAGAGCAACCUGGACACCAGGGGGGACAGCCCGCUUGGGCUUUGCCCAUCCGAGUGUGUGGAGAUGAGUGAAAUGUUCGACGACGCAAGUGACCAGGAUUCCACCGACAAACCAUGGCGCCCUUACUACAACUACAAACCCAAAAAGAAAUCCAGACAGUUGAGAAAAAUGAGGAAAGCCACCUGGAAGAAGGAACGUGAAAGCAGGAGCCCAAGCAAUAGGUGUAAAUAUCCGGCCGAACUGGACUGCGCCGUGGGGAAGUCUCCUCAGGAGAAGGCCCUUGAAGAAGAGGAAAAUAAAGAGAUGCCCAAGCUGCAGUGUGAACUCUGUGGCGGGGACAAGGCGUCGGGGGCCGGCAGCCUAGGAAGGCCCCACCGGCAUCUGACCGCCAGGCCCUACGCCUGCGAGCUGUGCGCCAAGCAGUUCCAGAGCCCCUCCACCCUCAAGAUGCACAUGAGGUGUCACACCGGGGAGAAGCCCUACCAGUGCAAGACCUGCGGGCGGUGCUUCUCGGUGCAAGGAAACCUGCAGAAACACGAGCGCAUCCACCUGGGCGUCAAGGAGUUCAUCUGCCAGUAUUGCAACAAGGCUUUCACGCUGAACGAGACCCUGAAAAUCCACGAAAGGAUCCACACUGGCGAAAAGCGUUACCACUGCCAGUUCUGCUUCCAGAGCUUUCUGUACCUCUCCACAAAAAGGAAUCACGAGCAGAGGCACAUUCGGGAGCACAACGGGAAGGGCUUUGCCUGCUUCCAGUGCCCCAAAAUCUGCAAAACGGCUGCCGCCCUCGGAAUGCACCAGAAGAAACACUUAUUCAAAAGCCCAAGUCAGCAGGAAAAAAUUGAAGGUGAUGUGUACCACGAAAACUCAGACCCACUGGAGAACCCACAUUUCAUGGAUUCAGAAGACAGUGACCAAAAGGAUAACAUACAGACCAUUGUUGGAAAUGUCCUCUGAGUGCUGAUACUUAGGGCAAAGCUUCAAAAAUAUAAGUUGGUGGGUUGGUUUGUUUUUUUAGUUAGCUCUUUUCUUUUUGUUUUUGUUUUUUAGUUUAGUUUUGUUCACAUAACUGUCAUGAAGGAGUGAAUUGUAAAAAAGAAAAUCUCAUUUGUGAAAAGUCCAGAAAAAGGAUCCCAACAUCUACUUUGGGUUUUAGCAUUAACGUCUUGCAAAGUGCGCAAAAAUGAAAUAGCUGACUCCGCCAAUAUCCCAAGUAUCUUGUGAAAGUUUAUGAAGUUCUUAGCUGUGGUAUUUCUGCCAGUGGAAAAAAAAAAAAAAAAAGUUUAAUUUUAGCCUAAUUUAAAACUUUCCGGUAAGUGCAAAUAGGAACUGGCUGCUAAACUGUCUUUAGUCACUGGAGAAAAUAGGGUCAGACAUCAUGAAAAUGUCAUCUUCAUAAGUAAGUUCAAAGGUAAAUGAGCUAUGACAGUCAUUCCCAUUCAGCUUCUGCACUAUUGAAAAUUGUUUAAAUUUAAUGGGUACAUAUUAAAUACUUACUAAUAUAGCUAAAAAUAUGUGUGAAAUGAGUAACCUAAGUAGGACAUUCAUAUAUUAGAACUACUUCUCUGCAACACAAACCUUGUAAAAUACAUAUAUAAAUCACUGUAACUUUUAACUGUCCAUGUCCCCAGUAGAGAAUUAUAAUGGUGAGCAAUAGAUCUGCAAAUAAUGAGGACUGGUGUAAAAAUCAGUAGGAAGCAUUUUGAAUUUGACUUAUGAGCAUGUGUAUGCUUCUGGAUGGAAUGCUGUUCUCUCGAAGUUACGGCUGAGCUGUUACUAGAACUGGUCUAUUCAAGUCACAGAAAACAUGGGUCAUGCCUUAUCUAUGGGGGAAAGCCUUCCCAGAAUUUACCUGUGAUUACCUGUGCUGUGUAUUACUUUGCAAUGGCCUCACCUCAGAAAAUGAAGAAGGGUCAGAUUCUUCUCAAACUCCCUGCAGUCUUCCAUCCAUCACAAGGCCAUAAUUGUGGAGGUCUGCUCCAGGCUGACUUAACCAGUCUCCAGGGUUCAAGUAAAACCUGACACCUCCCAGUCCACUGAAGGAGUGUCUAGGAAAUUUAGUGCAAGGCACACAUACUGUAGUGAGUGCCCAGCCACUUGAAAGGGACAGAAAGUCUAAUCCCUACAAUGAUUAGCUUUCUCAGAGAUGGUGCAGCCCACAACUAUAUACUAGUAUAAAAAGGCAACAGAAACACACACCCUGCCUCAACCAUGAAGGACUUGAGUGGGCAACAGGAAGGGAGGACCUUCCUUGCCUCAAGCAGUAGCUUUGUUUGGGGGUGAGGAGGGAGAUAGAAUGAUAAGGUUCCAUCACUUAUAUGACUCAGAAACAGAUCCACAGAGUCAGAUGCCUUGUCUUCAUGUUUGCAGACAUCUAGCCCCCUUGCUAAAAAACCCACUUCCCUUUUUUAAUGUUCUUUUAUGUUGACCCACACCAUCAACAUUGCCCUCAAAGUCUAAUUGCCCUAUAGGUAGUCCAUCAUCUGGACUAGGCCCUGGGAAGCUGGAACUCACAAUUCUUACUUUUCAAACUGCCACAGUAGGAGGCAGAGAGAAAACAUUCCUAUUCUUUGAUCACCGAUAUGAGCAGAAUCCAGAAAUCGGUUCAAGGGUGACCUGCAGCUGUUCGUGUUCAUGGGAUUUGAUAGAUGGAAACCCAAGGUUACCCAAGGUUGCAAGGUUACCAUUAAGAAGAAGUAGCUCAGAGGACUCCAGUUUCUCUCUCCAAAUGUGAUGUCUCCAUGAAGAAGACUUAAUAUGGAUUUGGGUGGGCAAGAAAGCAUCUACACACCCAGGAAAGGACAUGAUCAAAGCUGACCUUUUAAUACCAUAGUACUUUGCUGUUAAGUAACCCCAAUAUUGUAUCUGCAUUUAUAUUUUGUUCAUCUACAUUCACUUACAUACAGUAUUAUGUAAUAGGGGAAAAUGCAAGCAAAUUCAACUUUAUUUUACACAUUGUAUAUAUGUAUACCUGCACUAUUCAUUCGGGUUUUGUUAAAGAGAUAGUCACAAAGGGCUUAUGAAAAUCACUUUUGAAUUGAUAAUUAGAAUACUGAAUAAGCAAUCUGGUGAUCUACUAAUUUGUUUUAUCUCAAUUAGGAUUAUGAAUCGAGAAAAAUAAUUGUGUAUUUUAGUCAUUUUGAUUUGAGGUAACUCCAAAUAUGAGAUUAUUCCAUGUAGUGAUGUCUCCCAGCCCUUCCAUGUGGAUAUUUUUUAAGUGGACUUGUAUGCUGAUAAUUCUAGACCAAAGUAAAUAUGGCAGAAUAUUUAUACAUGAAAAAAUAAUUUUGCAAAUAUUUUCUAUAAUUGUAUUAUUCGUUUAAAAUGUUGACAGCUUGUGUUAGUUUCAGGGAGGGGUGUAUAUUUUGAUAAAAAAUACUUGACUUUGUAAUUCUGUAUAUUCUACACAAUUUAUAGCAGAGCCGUUUUAAGACAGCCUUGUCACGUUUUUUGUUAAUUGUGAAAACUUUAUUAUGAGUGAUGUUUAAGUAUGCAUUGAGUACAUAACGACCAACUAGAAUUCAAGUAAGUGUAAACAGUGAACAUACUGUAUGCUGUACAAGAUAUAUUGUACUUUGCUGUUGUAGCAUCUGUAUUUUGGUUAGAAGAUAUUAUUAAAUACAGAUGUUAAGGGUUGGAAAAAGUCUAAUUUUAUUUUUAGAAAUAAUGAAUAUAAAUUUGUUUUUGCUUGAUUAAAAUAGCUUGUUCCUAUGUUAAGCCUCUUUUCAAAUGUGUUCAUGUGAAUUCUUUUGUGCAGCCAGGCAGCUAGUUCAUCCGUGUGAGUCACAGCGUUGUCUCACAUGUUAUUCACAAUACAUUUCUGUCUCCUCACUUGUUUACAUUCCAUGGUACCUACUUGCAUGCUUAGCACUCAAAUAGAAUAUGACAUUAAAAGAGAAAAAGGCAGAGUAAGAGAAGUCGAAGUCUUCUG